UUCAACUUCCCCAUCCGCCUUCAUUCAAGUGCGGGCUAAAGCAUCGUUCCUUCAAUGAGAGUACCAACCCAACCCUAACCCACAGCAACGUUCUAGAAGGUGUGAGAGCGAGAGAGAAGUCCAUGAACGAAACGAUAUUUAGAAGAUUGGCGGCCCAUCUCACCUCAGCUCGCUGAGCCGCGCUGCAAGGAACUUUACAUGUAGACUUACCUCAGCUCAUCAUUUCUCAACAUUGAGACCCUACGUUUCGAAUGUGAAAUUCCCUCGGACUACUGUGCCUCUCUCUGCGCUCUGCUCGCACAUACUUACCCGCUGCGCCCACUCUACUUUCUUGGCGUUACACCUCUCUCAAACCGUUGAGGCCCAGGAAAAGCAUCCAGGGGGCCACCGAUUUUCAGCAGUUUUUAUCCGCAAAUCAGGCACCCCCAAAAAGGGUAGAGAAGGGGGGGGGGGAGCGGGCAAAAUAAAAGAGGAAAGUUACACGAGACGUCGUCUCAAAAGCGAGCAAAGGCGCCAUGUCACCCAUAGGCACUCUUGCCCUCGCCAUCACCUUCGGCACCCACCUCGUUGGCGGCUUCACGCGCCUGACCCACGGCCGCUACACCCCGUCCUUUUACGCCUACCAGCUCGACCGCGCGCCCAAUGACGCAUCCCCGUGGUUCGUUCCCUACAUCGACCUCGUCUUCUGCGCGAUGAUGGUGGCGGGUCCUGGCACGCGGAUGCUGGGCUUGUCUCUGUCUGCGUUGACGCAGUUCUUUGGUAUCUUCAAACGUGUGCGCGAGGACAAGGAGGCUGCGGUGGAUCUGGCGCUCGUGUGCUGUGCGAUUGUAGCCACGCUGGACUGUCUGUUCGCGGGGUCGUGACGUGGGAGGUGUGUUUUGCGUUGCGGACUGAAACGGAUUGCGCAUGCGAUGUGCGUCAUGAUGCCCUCAAUUUCAGCCACAUACGUGGUGCGACGGGAGCGGAUUGAGGGCAAGGGACCUCAGAAAGGGAAGACCAACAGCAGAUGCAUUUUUGGGAUCUAGUCCUCUUUCAAAGCAUCCUUUGCUGAAGAUCGAAUUCGCUAGUAGAGGCUGAGGCCGUUACGUCCCGAGCUGACUUAAGUACCAUGGCCAAAAUUAUAUAUAGACAGGGCACGGCUGUCAUUCUACACAUCAAUCCUCUUUGCU